CGUUCUAUACACAUUAUCAGUAAUUAAUACGCCAUCUUCAUUUAAAACAGCGCUACAUGCCAAAAUAAAUGAGAAUAAACAAGAUUAUAACGAAAAUGGAAAAUAUUAUGACAUGUGUCUGAAAAAUGAUCCUAAAUAUUUAUCUCCUAUCAGAGAUUUGGAAAGGAAGUUGGGUUUGGUGACGCCGAUCAUUUGGAAAAAUGUGAUAGUAAUAACACUGGCUCAUAUUGUGGUCGCGUAUCAAACUGUGACGUAUCUUAAGUAUAACAGAGGGAAAUGUUUGAACUCGACUGUGAUUCUGGCGCUUAUGUUUAUGUAUAUGGCAGCAUUUGGUGUGACUGCCGGAGUUCAUCGCCUCUGGACCCAUCGUUCAUACAAAGUAAAGACACCAUUCAAGAUUUUGUUACUCGUAUUCUUCGCUACUGCUGGACAGAACACAGUCUACGAAUGGGUCCGUGAUCAUCGUGUUCAUCAUAAAAAAACUGAGACCUCAGCUGAUCCCCAUGAUGCUUCUCGUGGCUUCUUCUUCUCCCAUAUGGGGUGGCUCAUGAUGAAAAAACAUCCUCAUGUUAUUAGUGAGGGCUCCAAGAUUGACAUGAAUGAUAUAACUGGUGAUCCCAUAUUGGUGUUCUUUGAUAGACAUUUUGGGAAAUUUAAACUGUUAUUAUGCUUCGUGAUACCAGCUGUAUUACCAGUUUGGGCUUUCGGUGAAAAGUGGUCCAUUUCUCUAUUCACCGUCGGUCUCCGUUACGUCUUUUGUUUGCAUUGCACGUGGUCUGUAAACAGUUUUGCUCAUCUUCAUGGAUUGAAGCCUUAUGACAGGAACAUAAUGCCUUCAGAGAACCUGGCUGUUUCCUUUGUAUCUGUUGGGGAAGGCUGGCAUAAUUAUCACCAUACCUUCCCUUGGGAUUAUAAAGCUGCUGAAUUGCCAUAUUUCUUCAACGCAACUACCUUCCUUUUGGACACUGCUGCAUCAAUUGGUCAGGUAUACGACAUCAAGAAAGCCUCGCCAGAUCUAAUAAAAGCCAUUGCAGAGAAAAAAGGAGACUCGAGUUGGAAGACUUCAUAGUUAUAUUACGGUAUUUAGGAAAUUGAAAAAGAAAAUUUGCACAUAUUUUUGGCAUUAAAGCUGU